AUGGUCCGUCUCCGCGAUGGAAUGUGGCUGCCUGCCGAGGGGACGGCAACCGAGUACGCAGAGGAAGUCUACUACACCACUGAGAUUGAGGAUGGAAAAGGCCUCAGCUUGCUGUGCCCGACGAGGAAAAUCAAGACUCGGGGUCAUACGCUAAAUGCGAGCACAGUUACUCUUGAUGUCAAGGCCGAGUUUGACGGCGUCAUCUCAGUCGAAGCAACGCACUGGGCCGGCGCCCUCAACAAGGGUCCCCAUUUUGAGCUUUUCCCAGAUGUCAGACCAGAAAUUGAGGCACAGAUCAAAAAGGGUGACAAGGGGACGACGACUUUGUCCUCCGGUUCGCUGUCCGCAACCAUCCACCCGGACUUCGACAUCCAGUUCCACAGUACCGACGGCUCCAAGCGGCUGACGUCCCUGGGGAGCCGAAGCGUCGGCUUCGCCUACAACCCUGCGCCAAGCACGCCAAUGCAGACUGGGGACAUGCGCGACUUCAAGCACUACAUGUUCACCCAGACCAUGCUCAGCGUCGGCGAGACCAUCCACGGCCUCGGCGAGCGCUUCGGUGCCUACAACAAGGUCGGCCAGUCCAUCUCCCUGUGGAACGCCGACGGCGGCACCUCCAGCGAGCAGGCCUACAAGAACGUCUCCUUCUGGCUUAGCUCCAAGGGUUACGGCGUCUUCAUCGACACGCCCGGCCGGGUGGAGCUCGAGGUCGGGAGCGAGCGCUGCAACCGUCUGCAGACCGUCGUCGAGGGCCAGCGGCUCAAGUGGUACAUCAUCUACGGGCCCACCCCCAAGGAGAUUCUCAAGCGGUACAUUACGCUCACGGGCAGGGCCGGCAAGGUGCCCAGCUGGAGCUUCGGCCUGUGGCUGACGACGAGCUUCACGACAAACUACGACGAGGAGACGGUCAACACCUUCCUCGAGGGAAUGAAGGCCCGCGGCUCGCCCGUCGACGUCUUCCACUACGACUGUUUCUGGAUGAAGGCAUUUACGUGGACCGACUUUGUAUUCGACUCGGAGCGCUUCCCCGAUCCCAAGGCGCAGAUUGCCCGGCUCAAGGAGUCUGGGCUGUGCAAGAAGGUCUGCGUGUGGAUCAACCCUUACAUUGCGCAGCACGGCGAUGCGUUCAAGGAGGCGGCUGAGAAGGGCUACCUCGUCAAGCGCAAGAACGGCGACGUCUGGCAGUGGGAUCUCUGGCAGGCCGGCAUAGGCCUGGUGGAUUUUACCAACCCCGAGGCCUGCCAGUGGUACGAGGACAAACUCAACACCCUCUUUGACCAAGGGGUCGACGCCAUCAAGACGGACUUUGGCGAGCGCAUCCCCACCCUGGACGUCGAGUGGUACGACAAGACUGUCGACCCGGUCAAGAUGCACAACUACUACGCCUUUGCCUACAACAAGGUCGUCUACGAGGCCCUCCAGAAGCGCUACGGCCGGGACGAGGCCGUCCUCUUCGCCAGGGCCGCGUGCGCCGGCACCCAGCGCUUUCCCCUGCAAUGGGGCGGCGACUGCGAGUCCACGCCCGAGGCCAUGGCCGAGUCAAUCCGCGGCGGCCUCGGCCUGGGCCUCAGCGGCUUCUCCUUCUGGAGCUGCGACAUUGGCGGCUUCGAGGGCUACCCGCCCCCCUGGAUCUACAAGCGCUGGGUGGCCAUGGGCCUGCUCUGCAGCCACAGCCGGCUGCACGGCAGCAGCUCGUACCGCGUGCCCUGGGUCAUUGACGACGACGACGCCUCGGACGAGGGGUGCUCGCGGACGCUGGCCAAGUGGACCGCCCUCAAGUCCCGCCUGAUGCCGUACAUCUUCUCCCAGGCCCAGACGGCCGUCGAGCAGGGUAUCCCCCUGUCCCUGCGCGCCAUGUGCAUCGAGUUCCCCGAGGACCCGACGUCCUGGUAUCUCGACCGCCAGUUCAUGCUCGGCCCAUCCAUCCUGGUGGCCCCCAUCUUUGAGGAGGCGGGCGAGGUGGAGUUUUACCUGCCCAAAGGUAGGUGGACCUCGUUCUUCUCGGGCGAGCACCGCGACGGACCCGGCUGGUUCAGGGAGACGCACGGGUUCGGGACGCUGCCGCUGUACGUGCGCGAGAACACGAUCCUGGUGCUGGGUAGCGAGCAGGCCGUCGGCGCCGUGUACGACUACGUGCGGGACGUCGAGGUGCGGCUCUACCAGGUCAAGGAGGGGGCCACGGCGACGCUCGUCGACAGCGACGGUAAGGAGCUUGGUGUUUUGGAGGUUGGGGCGGACGGGAAGCUCAAGGAUACCGUCCUCUUGAAUGGCAAGAUCGCCAUCAAGGAGCUCUGA